CGUGAGCGAGGACGGGGACAGCGCGGGGCCGUCGAGCGAAGGCCGAACCCCCCGCAGUGCGUCCCCAAAAAGCCCCCCCCGUGCCGUUGUCACCCCCCCCCCAUCCCACCGGUCCUUUGUCCCCUUUGUGGGGGGGUCACCAACUCGCCACCGAUUGGGGGGAGGAGAUGGACUUGGCCUCUCCCCGCAGCAGCGUUGGGGACAAUGGGGACAAUCCCUUUGGCCCUAAAUCCACUGGGGACCCCGGCGAGACUCCAGGUUUAAGCCCCGGGGGGUCGCCCCGGGGGGGUCACAACCCCCAGCCCCCCCCCCGAAAAGGAAGCGGCGCCCCCAAAAGCCUCAACGGGGACCACGGCGACGCAAGGAGCCGUGGAAUUUCCCCCCGACGCCGUGGAGAUCACGGAUUUCCAGCGGGACGCGCCGCGAUGUCCUCGAGCCGCCCCCCCCGCGACACCGUGAGCAAAACCGGGGGGGGGACACGACACCAAAAUGACAUUUUGGGGGGGGGGGGAUGCAGAAAAACCACCUUUUUGGGGGGUUCAGCCCUUUUUUGGGGUCCCCCCUUUGGCUUAUUUUGGUCCCCCCCUUGAAUUUUUGGGGUCCUCCCUCGAAUUUUUGGGGUCCCCCCCUCAUUUUGAACCUAUCACGGUGGUUUUUUGGGGGGGGUCCCGGUAGAUUUGGCGACGCCGUUUGCACCCCCGACGUCACUUUGGGGGCGAUUUUGGGGGUGAUUCUUGGCUUUUUGGGGCUUUUUGGGAGGAGAUUUGGGGGUGAAAGGAGCAGUUUAAGCUUCGAUCCCCUCCGGGACUUUGUGUCCCCAACCCGGUGUUAAUCUGGAGCUGAAAUGAGGCCAAAACCCCCCCCCAAAAUGACAUUUUGGGGGGGUCAACGCUUCGUUGGCCUUUGGGUCCCCCCCCCCCCAAGUUGUUGCUGCUUCUCCUUUUUGGGUUUUCCCUUUUCUCUUCUUUUUUUGGCCUCCGCUUCCCCUCGGCCGCCCAUAAAACCUCCUCGGCACCCAUUUGGCACCCAUUUGGCACCCAUUUGGCACCCGGAGCGGCCGGGACGCAGGCUGCGGUUUCCGGUUGAGCGGCCGCUGCACCAUGGACGACUUGACGCCCAACUACACCUUCAACUACACGUGGGACGACUACUCCAUCUACGACCUGGACGGCUACGCCGUUCCUCCCGGCCACCGCGCCAUCCUGGCCCUCUACGCCCUCAUCUUCCUCCUGGGCGUCUUGGGCAACGGCGCCGUCAUCUGGGUGACCGGCUUCGAGCUGCGUCGCACCAUCAACGGCGUUUGGUUCCUCAACCUCUCCUUGGCCGAUCUCCUCUGCUGCUUGGCCUUGCCCUUCUUGGCCUUCCCGCUGGCCCGCGACCACCACUGGCCGUUGGGCCCUUUCGCCUGCAAGUUCUUGCCGUCCCUCACCGUCCUCAACAUGUUCGCCAGCGUCCUCCUCUUGACGGCCAUCAGCGCCGACCGCUGCGCCUUGGUGACGCGCCCGGUGUGGUGCCAGAACCACCGCACGCUGCGGUUGGCGCGGGCGGCGUGCGGCGCCGCGUGGUUCUUGGCCGCGCUCCUCACCCUCCCGUCCUUCAUCUUCCGCACCGUCCGACGCGACGAUUUCUCCGACAAGACCACGUGCGUCUUGGACUACGCGGCCGUUGGGCGGCACCAACACGUCACCGAGCUCGUCACCGCCGUCACGCGCUUCGUCGCCGGUUUCUUGGUGCCGUUCGUGGUGAUCACCGUUUGUUACGGCCUCCUGCUGGCCCGCGUGCGCAGCAAGGGCUUCGCCAGGUCCAAAAAGGCCACCAAACUCAUCUUGGUGGUCAUCGUCAGCUUCUUCGUGUGCUGGUUGCCCUACCACGUGGUGGGGUUGAUCAUGGCAUCCACUCCUCCUCGCAGCGACUUGUUCAAGGGCGCCCGCGACGCCGACGCCGCCGUCACCGGCGUCGCCUACGUCAACAGCUGCAUCAACCCCAUCAUCUACGUGGUGAUGGGGCAGGACUUCAAGGACAAGCUGCGGCGCUCCUGGAGAUCCAUCCUGCGCGGCGUCCUGAGCGACGAGCCCACCAGCACCCUGGGGGACAGCAGGAUGAAGACCAAGACCACCGUGGACGACCAGAGCGUCAGCACCACCAUAUGAGCGACGCGGCGGCUCCGGCGCUUGGGUUUUGGUGAGGUGGCCGUCUUCUCCUUUCCCCACGCGUUGUCCCAUGUGGUUGUGAGUUGGGGUGUUGGCCAACCCUUGGGGACCUUCUACCGGCUUCCUCGGUGGCCUCUGAGCGACGGGAGGACUUUGGCACCGCCUGUGCCGCCAGCUCGUCACCACCCAUCAUCUCCACCACGCAAGGUGGACAUGGACCCACCUCAGGCUUUGUCGCCCCAAAAACUCAAGCCCGGCCCAAGACAGCUCGAGCCCGGCCCAAGACGACUCGCUCGAGCCCGGCCCAAGACGACUCGCUCGAGCCCGGCCCAAGACGACUCGCUCGAGCCCGGCCCAAGGCGGCUCGCUCGAGCCCGGCCCAAGGCGGCUCGCUCGAGCCCGGCCCAAGGCGGCUCGCUCGAGCCCGGCCCAAGACGGCUCGCUCGAGCCCGGCCCAAGGCGGCUCGCUCGAGCCCGGCCCAAGACGACUCGCUCGAGCCCGGCCCAAGGCGGCUCGCUCGAGCCCGGCCCAAGGCGGCUCGCUCGAGCCCGGCCCAAGGCGGCUCGCUCGAGCCCGGCCCAAGGCGGCUCGCUCGAGCCCGGCCCAAGGCGGCUCGCUCGAGCCCGGCCCAAGGCGGCUCGCUCAAGCCCGGCCCAAGGCGGCUCGCCCAAGCCCGGCCCAAAAGCUCAAGCCCGCCCCACGGAGGUGGCCGCGUCCCUCACCGUCCCCAUCGUGUCACCGUCGCCAAUAAAACUGGAGGUUCCUCAA